CCCCGCCCUCGCCCCGGCCCCAUUUGCCCCUGGACCCCGCGGGAUGCGGCCCCAGAGAGGUCCCCCGCGCGCCGCUCCGCCCCAGACGGUGAAGCAGCUGCUGAAGGAGCUACGGCAGCAGCAGAGCAGGAAACGGGCGAGAUCCCCGGUUUUGGCUCUGCCCUCCCCGUGCCCCUCGGAUGGUGGCCCCUGGCCCGGCACCCCCCCAGUGAUGCUCAACCCCUGUGUGGUCCCACAUGUGUUGCCCCAUAGCAGCUCAGGGGAGACCCAUGGGGGAAAGGCCUCUGAUCUGAGCGGGUUUCAGGCUGCUGCCAUCCCUGGCCCUGCCUGGCCCCAUUCCCCAGUGCCGUGGGGAGAAUCUGGGGGCCCCCCGCUGGGAAGGGAGACCCCAGACCCGUAUCCUGAACCCCAGGAAUUGGCAGCUGCCCGCGCUGCACUGGGGGAUCAAGACCCCCGGGAGCUGCUGUGGCAGGACGAGGAGGGGGACACGCUGCUGCACGUGCUCUGUGCCAGUGGGUUGUGGGCACCCGCCCGGGCUGCAGCCGAGGCUCUGCGGGACCUGGGGGGACUUGAGGUGCGGGAGCACCUGGGCAAGACUCCACUGCUGGUAGCGGCAGCAGCUGCAGCCCCAGAGAUUGUGCGGGACCUGCUUGUCCUGGGGGCCAAUCCUGAUGCUGCUGACCAUGAGGGCCGCACGGCCCUGCACCUGGCCACGGCCUAUGGGCACCCUGAAAUCCUCCAGGCCGUGAUAUCCUCAGGGGUCCCUGUCAACGUGGAGGCCAGAAAUUUUGAGGGCCAGACCCCUCUGCACUGUGCUGUCUUGGCCCACAAUGCCUCGCUGCAGGGAGGGUACACCCCUGCUGGGGGCUCUGGAGGGGGGUCCCCUACUCCCCAGGACCGACUCCGCUGUGUUGAGCUGCUACUGCAGAUGGGGGCAGACAGCAGCAGUCAGGACACCAAAAGUAGCCUGACAGCACUGCACCUGGCCGUGCGGGGAGGCAACCUUGCCCUGGCCCACCUACUGCUGCACCAGCCUGGCAUGGCCCCCCGCCUCAUCAACAUGAAGGCCCAUGGGAACACUCCCCUGCACAUGGCGGCAGCACUACCUGGGACCCCCAGCCAGGAGCCCCUUGUGAGGCUGCUCCUGGCCUGGGGGGCUGACCCCAGUGCCCGCAACCUGGAGCAUGACCUGCCUCAAGGCCUGCUGCCCCCUGGGUCCUCCGGAGACCAGGCAGUGGAGGGGCAGGUACCGAUCUCUUCACUCCUAUGACCAGUAACCGGACUAGAGGAAACAGCUGGAGCCAAGUCAGGGGAGGUUUACCUUGGAUAUCAGGAAAAGGUUUUUCACCCAAAGGGUGGUGAGGCACUGGAACAGGCUCCCCAGGGAAGUGGUGACAGCACAAAGCCUGUCUGAGUUCAAGAAGCGUUUUGGACAAGGCUCUCAGGCACGUGAUGUGAUUCUUGGGGUGUUCUGUGCAGGGCCAGGAGUUGGACUUCAUGAUCCUGGUGGGUCUCUUCCUAUUCAGCAUAUUCUAUGAUUUUAUGAUAUCCUGCUGCUUUACCCCAAAUCCUGGAGUUUACUCCCAAAUCCCACUGGUUUAUCCCAAAAUCCUGCUGCUAUGCCCAAAAGUUCUGCUGUUGUACUCCAAAAUCCUGCUGCUUUAAGCCAAAAUCCUGCUGGUUUACCCCCUCAUUUUCACAACCCCCCAAACUGUGGGGUCCCAUCCCAGGACCUUUGGGUGACAUCCCUGUAUUCUGGGGUAGAACCCCAGGAUUUGGGGACCUCCCUGAACCCUCCGUCUCCCACAGCUCCGCCUGCUUCUGAGGAGCCGCCGGGGGUCCUAUCGCACCCCCCCCACCGCCAAGUGACGUCAGAGGGGCAGGGUCUCCCGGGUAUGAGAUGGGGGGAUAUACCCCCAUAUUGGGGGAUUUCCCCCCGCCAUGUUUAUUUUUCCUGAUUUCAAUGAAAUUGCCCCCAAAUUUCUGUGAAAUGAGUCUGAACCACAUUGGUUUGGUGGGGGGAGGAGCAUGGGGGGGGUCCAGCUCCCCCUUUUCCCCCCCCAGUAGAGCCCUCUCCCCCAGCCUCAUUAAUGCAGGCUGCUAGUGAGGGGCGUCUCCUCCAAACUGGGGGAGUUGGGGUGGAGGAUGCCAAAUUGGAGGGGAAACACAAAAACUGAGGGAAUUCUGGAAUUAAAUAAAAACCUUGUUAAAAUCUGA